UCAUCGCAUGAAAAGUGAAGAACCUGCUGAAGAUGAUGAACCUUUAGUUCCAAAAAGAUUGAAAUUCGAUAAAAGUGAUAUCAAUGAAGUUGAUGAUAUAGAAACUCAAAGUAUACACUCGGGAUUAACAGGAUACAGUCCAAAUAAUCCAUUUUUUAUACCGGUUAAAGAUGAUGCAUCGGGUGAAAAUGAUGCAUUUGACUCAUCCUACCAUACUAGAUCAGAGGAAUCAAAUGAUGAUAUUGAACUUGAACAAAAAGAAAAAAUCGAGUUUCAGUAUGAAUGGUUUGUUGGACCCGGUAUAAAAGAGUUUACAUUGAAUGAAAAUGACAAUAAGUGGACUGUCGGCACAAUUUAUGUUUCAAACUUGCUAUUGGAAUAUCGUAAUUUUUCAGUCAAAAAGGCAUCAGAAAAAAAGAUUGAAAAUGCUGUUGAAAUACU